AAACCAACGGCCAUGUUAGCAAAAUAGCUUCUAAAAUAUAGCGCAGUCAAGUAAACUAAAAUCCAAGCCAGCGGCCAAAUUCCCAACGCUCCCUUGCCUGAGCAAAACCCUAAAAGCCUGAACGGCACGGCAACUCCCACGGCUCCUCCGCCUCUUUCCAACUUUGGCCACUUUGGGGGAGAUAUUUAUGGGUGCCAUUGAGCUCUGCCCCUCUCCUUAUUUGUGUUUUAUCAAAACAACAAAAAACAGUCGUAGACCCGGUUGGGCAGUUGAAGGAAAUAACAAGAGGGUUGUAUCCAUGGCAUCCACAAUCCCAGUGGAACAACAAGUCAACGGUGGUCAACAGCGGUUGACUGGUGACUCAUUCAUUCGACCCCAUUUAAGGAAAUUGUCUCCUUAUCAACCCAUUUUGCCUUUUGAGGUUUUGUCAACCCGGCUUGGAAGGAAGCCUGAGGAUAUCAUCAAAUUAGAUGCAAAUGAAAAUCCUUAUGGUCCUCCUCCGGAGGUUUUUGAAGCUUUGGGUGCAUUGAAAUUCCCUUAUGUCUAUCCCGACCCUGAAAGCCGUAGAUUGCGUGCUGCACUUGCAGAGGAUUCAGGCCUUGAAACUGAUUAUAUACUUGCUGGAUGUGGUGCGGAUGAACUCAUUGAUUUAAUUAUGCGAAGUGUGCUUGAUCCUGGUGACAAGAUUGUAGACUGCCCUCCAACCUUCACCAUGUAUGAAUUUGAUGCUGCAGUAAAUGGUGCACUUGUCAUUAAAGUUCCAAGGAAUUCAGACUUUAGCUUGAAUGUAGAACUCAUUAAAGAUGCAGUGGAACGGGAAAAACCAAAAUGCAUAUUCUUAACAUCUCCUAACAAUCCGGAUGGCAGUAUAAUUAAUGAUGAGACUCUCUUGAAAAUCCUUGAGCUUCCCAUAUUGGUGGUGCUGGAUGAAGCAUAUGUUGAGUUUUCAGGAAUCGAAUCCAGGAUGCAAUGGGUGAAGAAGCAUGAGAACUUAAUUGUUCUUCGAACAUUCAGCAAAAGAGCUGGGUUAGCUGGACUUCGUGUUGGAUAUGGAGCAUUUCCAUUAAGCCUUAUUGAGUACCUUUGGAGAGCAAAGCAGCCGUAUAAUGUUUCUGUUGCUGCGGAAGUUGCUGCUUGUGCAGCAUUGCAAAAUCCUACCUAUCUAGAGAAGGUGAAAGACGCUUUAUUGCAAGAAAGGAAGAGGCUCUUUGGCCUUCUAAAAGAUGUGCCAUUUCUAAAUCCAUAUCCAAGCUAUUCUAAUUUCAUUCUCUGUGAGGUCACAUCAGGAGUGGAUGCUAAGAAGCUAAAGGAGGAUCUUGCGAAAAUGGGGGUGAUGAUUCGUCACUACAACAAUAAAGAGUUGAGGGGUUAUGUUCGGGUUUCAGUUGGGAAGCCUGAGCACACAGAUGCGCUGAUGAAAGGCCUUAGAAGCUUGUUUUAGUCUCCAUUGCCUAUAUGGGUACGAUGUUGUUAGUGUCAGAGGUUCUGUUCUGGAAUGAAAUUUAACAAUUUUACCAUACUGAAUUGUAGAAUGCCUUUUGCUUGUAACUGUACUCCUUUAGAGCCACAUUUGACAUCGAAUUUUACCUUAUUUUGAAACUGUCUUGUGCUUGUUCUUUU